AGCAAGCCCGGCGGCGGCCUCCCCGUCGCGGCGGCGAUGGGCGGCGGCGAGGAGGAGAGCGACAAACCCAAGGUGUCCCCUUCCCCGUUGCCUUUCAGCGUGGAAGCGCUCAUGGCCGACCGCAGGAAGCCGCCGGGCGGCAGAGACGGCCCCGAGGGUUCCGCGCCCACGCUGGGCUCCGCCCGAGCCAACCUCGGCUCUCUGACGACGGAGGCACCGACGUCGCCGCUGCCUCUCGGCGGCCACUUCCCGUCCGUCGGGGCGCUGGGCAAACUGCCCGAGGAUGCGCUGCUCAAGGCCGAGAGCCCCGAAAAGCCGGAGCGGAGCCCCUGGAUGCAGAGCCCCCGCUUCUCGCCGCCCCCGCCCAUGGCCCUAAAUUAUAAGGACCCGCAAGAUGCGGUCUCAUCAGUGGCUCUGCUUUUGUGCGCGCUGCAGCCCCCCGCGCAUCUCCCCGAAGUACUUUAUUCCGACAGUCCGAAGAGCGGCGGUUCCCGGCGUUUCGCUGCCUUAAUACAGAGAGAUGCGAACUAAGCCCGACGCUGAGCAGCGGGAUCGCGGAGGCCCGCGGGUGUCCCUGCAAUGGGACGAGCAGCGCUGGGGCUGCUUUUGGGUGUUCACCUCUUUCCUUCUGCCUUUAGAGAAAGGAACAUUUCCCAGAA